UGCCAGUCAAGCUCCUCAGCAUGGCCGUGGGAACCGUGCUCGUGCUUCUCUGCCAGGCCUGGCGCCUCUUCCUCACGCUCACCUCCGACCCGUGGAGCCUCCCGCUUCUGCAGCUCGUCCGUGAACCAACACUCUCCGUGCGCCCGCCGCCGACGGUCCAUCUCGCGACGAGUACGCCAUGGACCAACGCAUCCACAGCCGUCACGCUCGUGUCGUGGCCUGGCCGCCGCGUCUCGUACAACACGACGCCGAUGACGGUGGCCACGUCCUUUGGCGACGUCGUCUACAACAAGACCUGCAACGAGACGUGGUUCGCACCACCGCGCAACCUGCCGCGCGGCCUCGACAUGCCGAUCCCGACGAACCGCUGGUGGGGCAACUGGAUCGCGUACAGCGAAAACCACACGGACGUCUGCGCGUGGGCGAGUCCGUAUGCGAUCUGCCUCUUCCCGACGUCGAUCGGCGUCUGGUACCCGCCGGACCGCCGCGUCUUUGGCAACUUUUCAGGCAUUGGCGACUCGCCGCAGUACUACUACCACGACAUUGCGAGCGACGUGGUCGUGUCUGCGGCCGAAGUCAAUAGCACCAAAGGCGCGCGCUUCCACGUGGUCUCGUGGGACGACCUUGGCGUCACCGUCCGCGCGUCCGUCGGCAAGCACUCGAUGGCCUCGUCGGUCGUGAGCGGCAUGGCCUACUUUACAUCGACGUACAAGGGUCUCUCGCCGCUGCUGCGCGCCAACCGAACAAUUACUGCGAUCAACGGCGUCAACGUUUCCGCCGGCAUGGUCUUCAACGCCUCGGCCAAGCUGACGCUGACGCUCAACAACUCGCGGACGUGGAUCGUAUAUGCGUCGCCGCCAGUGACGUGGCGCCUCACGCGCGCGAUGAGGCUGCGUGCGGCACCGUACGAUGGACACAUUCGCAUCGCGCUGGCGCCGGACGGUGACGAGGUGUAUGACGCGCACGCCGACUGCGUCGUCCACGGUGGGCGCGUUGAUCUCGCAGCCACGUCGUACAGCUUUCAUUGGAACACGUCGGGUGCCUGCGCGUCGGGGCUUCUCCACUUUGGCCUGCAGCACCACAUCGACACGCUGGAUACGACGACGGCGCGUCAGCUCGCGACGCCGCGUCUCGAAUCGUCGACGCGCGGCUGGCUAUACCCGCUCGUAUCGCCGGCCCUUCGCUGGACGUUCCACGAACGUUCGCUUGUGCCCGCGACGUUCUUGCCGCGCUUUCCAGCGCCACCCGCGCGUCUGUUGCGCGCGAACCUCACCGCGAUCCUCCAGGACGACAUCUUGUCCAACUGGACGAUGGAAGUCAACGGGUCGUACUACUUUAACGGCAAGGCCGCGCAGAAGUUCGCGUCGCUCUGCCUCAUGGCGUCCGACAAGACGGUGGUCGGGAACGCGUCAGCGUACCUGCGCACGUGCCGGCGCAAGCUCGAGAUCGCGCUCACGCGGUUCAUUGACAACACGUGGACAUUCCCGCUGGUCUACGACGGCCUCUACCGCGGCGUCGUGAGCAGCCAAGGCUUUGCGCAGAACGAGACGUACGCGGACUUCGGCAACACCAUGUACAACGACCACCACUACCACUACGGGUACUGGGUCACGGCGGCCGCGAUCGCCAACCACGUGCACCCGAACUGGACGCGCUUGUCGGCGCUCAACGCCCGGGUUGAGACGCUCAUCCGCGACGUCGCCAACACGAACCGGAGCGACUUGACGUUCCCGACGUUCCGGUCCUUCGAUUGGUACAAGGGCCACUCGUACUCGCACGGCGCGACGGCCAUGACGGACGGGAAGGACCAAGAGAGCUCGUCCGAAGACAUCAACUUCCACUACGGCCUGACGCUCUUUGGCCGCGUCACGAAGCGUCGGCCGAUGGAAACGCUCGGACAACUCAUGCUGACGCUGAACGCGCGGUCGGCGCGCACGUACUUUCUCAUGCAAGACGAUAGCACGGUGCAGGACGCGCGCAUGCGGCCCAACAAGGUGCUCGGCAUCAUCUUCGACAACAAGGUCGACUACACGACGUGGUUCUCGAACGAGACCCACUGCAUCCACGGCAUCCAGAUGCUGCCGACGACGCCCGUGACCGAGUUUGUCCGAACGACGCAAUUCGUGCGCGAAGAGUGGACCCAAGUGCUCUCGACGCUGCCGAUCGUGACCAACGACACGAUCGCCAACAACAACACGUGGGCGUCCAUCAUGUUUUUGAACUACGCGCGGCUCAACCCGGACGCCGCGAUCGCCAAGCUCGCGACUGUGCCCAUGGACGACGGUCUCUCGCGGUCCUGGGCGCUCUAUAUGGCUGCGUCCCAGCCAGGCGAGUCCCAUACCGAGUCUAGUUAGUUGUCCUAUCGUCAAAAAAUACACCGA